AUGGCCCAGUGCAGCAGCAUGGCUGGAGCAGAGGCAGGAGGUGAGGCGGAGAGAGGGCGGCGGGCGGGCUGGCCCGGGUGCGCGCGGGGUGGCAACUCGGCCGGCGCCGGGCAGGCAGACCGGCGCGCGGGCGCGGCUGACCGAGGAGGCACGGUUCCAAACCCCUGUGAGAGCUCCGGCGGGUCCGUGGUCGAGCUCGGGCUCCACCGGAGUUCGAUCGCGAGGAAUGUGGACUGA